AUGACCAUCUUGUCCCAAAAUAACACGGAUAGGCGAAGCGAAAAAAGGAAGCAGCCGGGCCAGUACCAAGCUUUCCGUCUCCCCUCCAGUAUCCCCGGCAACAGCACUCGGGCAACGCCUUCGAGACGCCUGCCCUCGACUCCCGUAGCACCCCCGUUCAGCCCCAGCAGCGCGACGACCCCCGUGAGUUCGGUAGCUACACCAAGCGUAGCAUCCGAGGUCGGAGUCACGCCCGACGCCUUCGCGACCCCGAGUACAGCAUCCAAAUACGAAGGCGACAGUCUCACAACCUCGGUGGCCGGCGUGGCAAGACCGGUCAUCGUCUCUUCGUCGAUGUACCUCGACCCACCAAGUCUCGUCCCCGGUCUCGGUCGCGACAAGGCUCGAUCACCGCGCCUCCACGGCGCUGGUGCCGGUGACGGAGCUUCUGAUGAACAUCUCCGUCCUCGCAGCACGGCAGCGGCGCCCACUCCGUCUCUGCGUCGCUGUUCCUCGACAGUCUGCACAGUCGAGAACUGCGCUUCCCCUCACAGGUCCGAGCAGCUUGCUUCACGCAAUCCGAGCGCCAAAGGUCGAACAGCAUCAGCAGAUUCAGACGACAAGGACAAAACCCAGGAGGAGAAUCCCCCCCCUCGGCGCCUCUAUUCGGGUGCACAUGCAGAGGAGAGAACUGGUGGGUCCCUGUAA